GCUUUCGCGUCACGAAGGGCUCAUGAAAAAAUAAUAGAAAAUGCUUGCUGAUAUUCAGUGGUGGAAAAGUUCGGAGAACACACAGGUCUUGCAUCGUUCGAUGAGAAAUCAUAAUACAAGACGAGGUGCCUUGAUAGAUGGCAUGGCUUAAUCCCUACUUGAUCUUGAGUCUUAUUUCUCAGCAAGCUAUACAUGUGGCCUCUGUUCCCUCCCCACCAAAGUGCAAAAUCCUCCCCCGUGACGGCAUGGACAUUCGCUGUUCCUGGGACCCUGGGCUGCACCCUGCUUUAUACUACACCUUACACUGGGUGCCUGAUAGUCAGAGGAAUGAAGGACAAGUAAAUUCCAGCUUUACAAGCGCAAUCAUCCCACGCAUCCAGUUCUUGUAUCAUUGGGACAUGUGUGUAUGGGUCACUGCCUGGAACCCCCCGAUGAUCAAGACGUCUAAUAGGACUUGUUUCAACACAGACUCUAUUGAGCAGCGGGAUCCCCCCAAAGUGACAGUAGCUGAAAUUAAACUUCUGGAAAUUCACUGGACCUUUGACUGUGUGUCCUACGACAACUUGCUCUGCAACGUUCAGCAUCGCAUCAAAGAUGAGAGCGACUGGACCGAGGAACCAGAAGACUUACAGAAUGGUUUCCUGCUGGAGGAUGCUUUGCCCUUCUCUGUCUAUCAGUUUCGGGUGAGAUGUGCCUGCAGAGAGGAUGAGGAGGUGCCACUGAGUGACUGGAGCAGCAUCUGUGAAGUGGAGACCCCAGAGGCGAAGCCCGUUGGAGUCCUGGAUGUAUGGUCUCAGUGCAGACAUUCCACUGAACACUCCGAUUGUGCCGUUCUCUGGAAGGAGCUCCCCCGUCAUCUGGCCCGGGGACACAUUACUGGCUAUGGGGUGAUAUUAGAGCAUGGCGGUACAAAAAAAUACAUAAACGUAUCUGCAGGUGCUGCAGAAUGGAGGGAAGACGGGCGUGAUUACUGUUGUCGUCUCCUGCUGUCUCUCGAGGAGGCGAGAGGGCUGCACGUGACGGCGCACAGUUUACAGGGAGCAACAGAGCCUUCCCACCUGGUCCUCUUAGCAGCCAUUGAUCACCUCCAAUAUGGGAAGCUGUUCGUCACUGCAGGAAGCGAUGGGCGGAGUCUCAACGUGUCAUGGGACGCAUACAGCGUCAAAGAGCCUGUACAGGAAUACGUGGUGCAGUAUAAGGAGCUGGGACGUAACUGGACCAUCGGGUUUGAUUGGAUUAAAGUGGCGAAUACAGAGAAAAGUGUCAUUUUCGCAGGCGACUUCAGGAAUUACACCCCAUACAACGUUUCCUUGUUUCGACUUUUUGCCAACCGUAAACAUCUGCUGGGAUCUGCCAUUGCGUAUACUGUGCAGGACAUUCCGCCUGAAGUAAAAGGAUUCCAGAUUUCAGAAAUAUUCUCCACAAAGAUUACGUUAAUUUGGCAGCACAUUCCUUUGGUCCAGAGACGGGGGAUCAUUCUGGGCUACACAAUAGGACUUGGUGACAACGAUACAGAGUACGCCGUACCCAAGGAAAAGAACAACUACUCUAUUGAAGACCUGCAGAUAGGCAAGACUUACAAAAUUUGGAUAUGUGCAGAGACUGUAAAGGGAAGGGGUCCAAGAACCACCGUCUCCUUCGUGCAUUCUGGGCAACCCUCAAAUAACACAAUUAUAGUGCUAAUGAUCAGCCUGUCAGCAUUGCUAUUUGGAGCAUCCCUUCUACUCUGCUGCUGUGUGUUUAACAGGCAAGUGAAUCGUUUCAUGGUGCCUAGCUGGUGUUACGAGAAAGUGCCCGACCCAACCAAUAGCCGUCUUUUUCAACCAGAUCAGGACUGUUUCAGCAAUUGGACUGUGCCAUCUACCUCUGAGGCCAACCUGAAUAUAUGCCAGUUGGAAGUGAUAGAAUGUCAGAUUAGAGAGGACAAGUCUUCUCUGGAGAAAACACAGACUUCCGAUACAUGUGCACAAGUAGAAAUUUGUGAACUGUCAAAUCAAGAUCUACAGGAAGAGAAGAUUUUGGAUGAGCAAGAAAAGGAGUAUGAGAAAGACAAGGCCUCCAGCUGCUCGUCUUUGAGGAAACAAGAGGUGGAGCUGAGCAGUGGCGUUGAGGAUUACAGCACAGUGAGGGACACAUAUGGCUGGGAAAGAGGGAACUUGAGUCCUGUGGAAACGCGGCAGUUCUUCUCAGACUAUGAGAAGCAUUUCAUGCCCUCUCCGUAUGAGGUGUAGAACUCUGGAUUCAAAAUGACUCUUAGACCCUUAAGAGUUGAGAAGGAAAAUGCCAUGGGCAAUACAAACUACUGACAUCCACAGGUUUAAGAUGGACAUACUUUGACUUUAUAGGUUUGAAAUAUUUUCUGUGAAGAAUAAAUGAUGAAAGUGGUAACAAACUGAUGUAGCAGCACAAAAUGUAAUAUUGCUGACUAGUAUUUGUUACCUUAACAUUGAUAAAAGUGACUCAUACAAGUUUACAAAGGAUUUAAACUUAUUUAUAUUCAGUUGGCAGUUUACAUCAUCAGUUCACUGUAGCUAAACUCGUAAGCGGUGUGACAGAUAUCGCGAGAUGACAGAAUGAACGAGAACCGGGAAGUCGAAAGUGAGGCAAUUAUACGCGGUGGUCUUUUUGUGCUGUUAAUAAAAACAGUGAAAGGAGAGCCAGAAUCGCUCUUUAUAACCUGCUCGUCAAGAAACGUUAAAUUAAUGCCUUUGUGUCUGUCACCGAAAUAAGCACUUAUUUUAUUUGUGCGACCGUUAUUGGUUUCUAUUUAAAAAAUGAAAUAUUUGAACUUGGCUGAUAUCACACACAGAAACAGAAUCAUGCUGGUUGUGACAGUCAGUGGGUUAUGCUAGAAUUACUACUGCAGUUAUUUCACUACAACUCAGUGGAAUAGUGUAGUUGAGAAUGUUAGAUUUAUUGUUACCUAUAUAUUCUUUACCGGUGAGUCAGCCCAGAUAUGGGUGCUUUCCUCUUGGAGGAUAUUUCAAAUACCUACGUCUAUUAUA